GCGCCACUCAGGGGCGCCUUUUACGACGCGGCGGCGGCGGCGCGCUUGGCGGCCGGAGCGAAGCAGGGCGAGCGCGGCGCGGGCGGCGGCGGCGGCAGGGCCGAGGGGACGCGCGGGGGGCGGUGUCGCCAUGUCGCACGGCCACAGCCACGGCGGGGGCGGCUGUCGCUGCGCCGCCGAGCGGGAGGAGCCGCCCGAACAGCGCGGCCUGGCCUACGGCCUCUACCUGCGCAUCGACCUGGAGCGGCUGCAGUGCCUCAACGAGAGUCGUGAGGGCAGCGGCCGCGGCGUCUUCAAGCCGUGGGAGGAGCGGACCGACCGCUCCAAGUUUGUUGAAAGUGAUGCAGAUGAAGAGCUUCUGUUUAAUAUUCCAUUUACAGGCAAUGUCAAACUCAAAGGCAUCAUUAUAAUGGGAGAGGAUGAUGACUCACACCCCUCUGAGAUGAGACUGUACAAAAACAUUCCACAGAUGUCCUUUGAUGAUACAGACAGGGAGCCAGAUCAGACCUUUAGUCUGAAUCGGGAUCUUACGGGAGAAUUAGAGUAUGCUACAAAAAUUUCUCGUUUUUCAAACGUCUAUCAUCUCUCAAUCCAUAUUUCAAAAAACUUCGGAGCUGAUACCACAAAGGUCUUGUAUAUUGGUCUGAGAGGAGAAUGGACUGAGGUAAGAAGGGGCGGGAAGCAUGACCACCCCCCAACCUCCCCUCCCCCGUGCACGUACAUAUGUGUGUGUAUACGUCUGUAUGCUGUGAUAUGGGCACUCCAAGGAAAGGAAAAAAGAGCAAGUGAGAUACUACUUACUUCCAGUCUGUGUAUAAUUUUUCUUGGUUUCAUUACUAUAAGCAGUCCAUCUCUCUUGACAGGCUGUAGGUAUUUUUAAGGGAGUUGAAAUAAUACAGUUGAUAACAAUUCACUUCUUUCACUUGGAGAUUCUUUUCUUCAUUUGACAUUUUUGAUAACUGUUCUUGUUCCAGGCACCCAGAGAUAAGAUAAUAAACAAGACAGAUAAGGUCCUCUUCUCGUGGUGGCGCCAUAAUUGCGGGGGAAUGAAUCUUUUAAGUUACGGGGUGAAUCAUUGAUAAUGAUCUUUGCAGUCUUCCUAGGAUAAAAGUGUCAAAAGGGGGAAGAGAUGACUUCCAGAAAUGAACCUGAAUAAGGACUACUCCAGUGUGUGGUCUGGGAAAUGGCCAGCUGACCCAGCCUCUCACUUUUCUUGCAGCUUCGCCGACAUGAGGUGACCAUCUGCAAUUAUGAAGCAUCAGCCAACCCAGCAGACCACAGGGUCCAUCAGGUUACCCCACAGACACACUUCAUUUCCUAAGACUGGCCAGGGCUCCCACAGAGGCGCUGUGUCGGUGAAGAUGUACAGCAUCCUGUUGGGGAAGACAAAGAGAUAGGGUUCCAGAGAGAGUUGGUGCCACAGCCUUUGCCAAGCUUUGUCUUUGGGGCUUGCUGCAGAAACCUGGCCUAUGGAAGAUACCACACCACCAGGGAGGGUAGUGUGGGUGCUGAGGGACAAUCGUGGUUCUCUAGGGCCUAGAAAUUGAGUCUUGGGCUGGGCAGCAUCUGGCAGUCAUUGGAUAAUGUCUGCCUUUCCAGUCAAUGUGGCCAUGGGAUCCCAAGUGUCUUGUUGCUUUGUGGCAGGAUUUUUGUGUGACUUGUUUUUUUUUUUAAAAUGGAAACUAUUUCCUGGGCUGCAGUAAGCUUUCUGAAGCCUCAGCAUUGUGUUUCUAUUAGCCAUCAGGAGGGUCUCCAACUAGAAAUACUUGUCCCUGCUUGCUCCUUCUUCCUGUCAGCGUUCAGCAUUCUUGUCAAGUUGCCCAGCUUGGAGUUGUCUGUCAUGUACUAGUGUCCCAUGGUUAUAGCUAGAAGAGCAGGAAUCUCCUGAUGAUGCUUAAUAGCUUGAGGAGGUCUUUUUUUCUUACUGCCUAGGUAAGCAGUCUGGGGAGAGCAUGGGCAUCAUUUCUGUGUUUGUGAGUUAUCCUGGUUGGAUAAGAGUGGGACUUAGGUAAGAUUCCCCUUGGGACAUCCUUAAUGUUUAUUAGCUUCUAACUAGUGUCGUAAGUGCAAUGCCAGAAAUUGGAGAUCUCAGUUCUUCUGUUCAUGGCUUUUUAUUCACCGUACCUAAUAAGCUUCCUAAUAAAUCUUUGCCAGACUUAA